CUUCCAUCAAUCCAUCCAUCGCCGACCGUGCUGCAACGAACAGACGUCGCACCGGAACAACCAGCGCACACACCAUGAUCGCUCCAAUCGGAGCACUGCGCACCCCGGGCGCCCGCGCCGGCUCUGCCAUUCGUCUGACCUGCUGGCGCACGGCUCAACGAGGCGGCUUGCACACCUCGCCACGCGCGCUGCUGGCGCGACCCGCGCAGGCCUCUUCCUCAUCAUCGCCGUCGCUUGGCGGAGCAUCGCUUCUGCAAGCCAGGGACAUCGAGAGCAAGUGGGCCGGCACGAGCACAUCCGGCGGCACCACCAAGAACUACAUCAACGGCCACUUUGUCGACUCCACCACGGACCGCUGGGUGGACGUCCACGACCCCGCCACGCAGACCGUACUCUCCCGUGUGCCAGAGACGACCCCGGAAGAGUUCGAUGCAGCCGUGGCAAAUGCACAGGCCGCCUUCCCCGAGUGGCGCGCCGCCUCCCUGCUGACGCGGCAGCAGGUCAUGUUCCGCCUGCAGGCCCUCAUCCGCGACCACAUGGACGACAUUGCCGCUGCCAUCACUCUCGAGCAGGGCAAGACGUUCGCCGACGCCAAGGGUGAUGUCCUGCGCGGCUUGCAGGUCGUUGAGGUCGCCUGCGGUAUCACCUCCACCGCCCUCGAGGACAAGCUCGAGGUGUCCAGGGACAUGGACACGUAUGCGCGCCGCGAGCCGCUGGGCGUCACCGCCGCCAUCUGCCCGUUUAACUUCCCCGCCAUGAUCCCGCUGUGGUCGAUCCCUAUGGCGACGGUGACGGGAAACACGCUCGUGCUGAAGCCGUCGGAGCGCGUUCCCGGUGCGUCAAUGAUCAUCACCGAGCUAGCAGAGCGCGCAGGCAUGCCCAAGGGGGUCCUCAAUGUCGUCAACGGCACCGUCGAAACGGUCAACGCGAUCUGCGACGACCCGCGCAUCAAGGCGAUUAGCUUCGUCGGCUCCGACCGCGCCGGCGCGCACAUCUACCACCGCGGCACUGCGAACGGCAAGCGCGUCCAGGCGAACCUCGGCGCCAAGAAUCACGCGGUCAUCAUGCCCGACGCCAACAAGAACUUUGCGCUGAACAGCGUCGCAGGUGCCGCGUUCGGUGCAGCGGGCCAGCGGUGCAUGGCGCUGAGCGUGCUCGUCGCCGUGGGCGAUAGCGCAGACUGGAUCCCCGAGCUGGUCGAGCGCGCCAAGCAGCUUAAGAUCAGCCAGGGCUUCGACGACGGCGCCGACCUCGGUCCGCUCAUCUCGCCGCAGGCCCGCGAGCGGGUCAUCGCGCUGACAAGAUCCGUCGAGCGCGAAGGUGGCAGGAUCCUACUCGACGGCACCGACUUCAAGCACCCGAAGUUCCCCGACGGCAACUUUGUUGGGCCUAGCAUCGUCGAGGCCGGGCCGGGUAUGCAGGCGUACGACCUCGAGAUCUUUGGCCCCACGCUCGUCAUCGUCCGGGUCAAGACGCUGGACGAGGCCAUCUCCUUGAUCAACCGCAAUAAAUAUGGCAAUGGGACAGCAAUCUUCACGGCAAACGGCGCGACGGCGCGCAAGUUUGAGAAGGACAUCAACGCCGGACAAGUGGGCAUCAACGUGCCCGUGCCCGUGCCGCUGCCCAUGUUCGCCUGGUCCGGCAACAAGGGCUCCGUGCUCGGCGACAUUGGCUUCUACGGCAAGAGCGCCAUCAACUUCUACACCAGCUUCAAAACCGUCACGUCCAUGUGGCGCAGCGCCGAUGCGCAGCUCAGCGAGAAGGCAUCCGUCAACAUGCCGACCAUGUCGUGAGGUUUCCUGCUGCUUGCAGCCACGGCCACUGUCGCACCAUUUGCAAAGAGAAAGGCGCCCUGAGCUGUACUCUACAAAAUACAGAUUUCCCGGGAAA